UCGACUGCUAAUAUAUGUUACAUGUAUCCAAGUAUAGCUAAUAUAUAGUAUAUACAAUAUAGGCCAGUUUUUCUAUCAGCCAAAGGAACAUUUGUAUAAAUAUUGGUUUUUUUUUCUAGACUGUGUGUAGCGAUAAGAUGUAAAAUAUUUUGCACUAGUUAUCUUUAAUUGAAACAAAUGAAUGUAAGUUGAAAUACGUGGUGUAGUUGUUAUUGUUAAACACUAUUCAUGAAAAUUGAUACAGCUUAUUCAUUUACAAGAUAUGAAGAAGGAUGAGUUGGUUUGAGACGUCAGGAUUUGCUAGUUUGGCCAAAACAGCUCUAAAAGAAGCUCAAAAAACAAUAGAUAAAGCCUUGGAUAUCAAAGAUGAAGACCGGGCUCAAGCCAUGGCACAAACAGCAGACCCAUCUUUGGAUUUUUUUGAUACGUGGGGAAUUAAGGAAGCAGCUGCAGAUGUUAAUCAGGACCAAGAGAUAAAUAUAAGUAGGAAUCAAGCAAGUACUAGCAUUUGGGGCAGUUUUACGGGAUCCUUUUUUGAAAAUCCAAAAGGAGACAUGACUGCUAUCGCCGAUAAAUGUUCCGAGUCCUCAAAAGUUUCAACUGAAAAUGCAGAUAGAAUACAGAUAUCUCUUAUGUCCUCAAAGUCAUUUCCAGAAAGUUUAUCAAAUAAAACAGGAAAUAAAGUUCCACUUGACCAUGCUAACCUACAGUUGCCAAUUGACCCAGAAUUUACUUUUCUUACAUCAAAGUCUGAUAGUUUGGAGGAGUUUGACAUGAAAGGAUGCGAAAAAACACAUACGGCUGAUAAGCAAAUUAGCUUAUCAAGGUUUGAAGAAGCAUCAAGUAGAGCAGAGGACAAGAACAGAGGACAAGAAGAAGAAAGCAAUGAAACCAUUAGAAAAAGCAUUGUAGUGGUUAGACAGAAGGAGCAAACUGCCAGUCACUCUCUGAAUCGGCUAUCGGUUCUGUCUGCGGAAAGUGAUAAGCGAAGUUCUGAAAGCGUCGAAGCGCUAAGUUUUCAGUUGGAAGACAGUACAGACUGUACCAAUAGUCCAGAUUCGGAAGUGAAUUCUUCAAGUGCCUCGGGUCAAAAAGUUAAUUCGGAGUCAGUAGAGGUGUUGCCCGAUAGUUCGGUCACUUCACCAAGUUCGGUGGAAGUGAUUAACGAUUGGAAGAGCGAUGAGAGCCCAUACUUGUCGCCGAUGGACGAUAGGCUUUUCGAAGCAUGCAUAACACCCACGCCAAGCAAUGUGUCUGCCUUCAAUGAGUCUGACGGAGAGGAUAUAAAAAGUUCGACUAGUACCCUGGAAGGCUCGCAGUUGGCGAGUUCGUUGCGAGUAAGCUUGAGCAAUUCGCGUUCCAAGGCACUGCACGCUUCGACCACGAGUAGCCCUAUCAUGGCGGAAAGCGUGGAGACGAGCGUCGCCGUGGACGACCAAGACGAGCCAAGUCUGGCCAACGACUCGUUGUACACCUCGGCUACGGAGAGCACCCUGCAGGGCUCGCAUCAUUCGGAGCCGAAGCAGCAUCAGCAGCAGCAGCAGGUGCACGACUCUUGUCUAGACUGUCGCUCGGUCGUGCCUACGGGUAGCUCCGGCCUGGGCCCCGUCGACUACCCGUCGCUCAACUCCAGCCUGGACUCGCUGAAGGACAAGUCGAGCCUCGUUGGGCUUCACCUACCGAUCGAAGCUAUAACGAAGCAGCCGAUCCGAAAGUCGGAUUUCGCCGCCGAGCAGCCGACCGCUCAGAAAGUGACUGUGCAGGACGCGACGAAGGAGAGCAGCUCGUUCGACCGGCUCAAGUGCUCAACGACCAUCGAGCCCGCCGACCAGGAUAAGAGCGAGAGUCUCGCUCGCAGCAGCGGCAGCGAGCAGUACCUCAUGCUGACGGACUCGAGCUGCGAGGAGACGCUGGUCGGCAGCAGCUCUGAGGAGAACGCGACAGCAGCCGGCGGCUGCCGGAUCGGGGCACCCGUGGCCACGCAGCCCCUCGCCCUCAGCAACAGUUCCUACGUCAGAAGCAUGCUCGCCGAGGCCAUGUCCGACAAGAGUGAGACCGCUGACGUGCCGCCGCGCGACAACUCGCCCAUUUCAUCGGAAAGAUCAGACCUCGUCAAGAUCGGCUCGGAUCAAACUAGCGGCCACACCAGCGGCGACGAAUUGGAGACCACGACAUCCAGCGACAUCGAGAUAAUAUCUAGGUACAGCCCUAACGGGGACUCGAGUUCGACGCAGUCGCGGCAGAGCCCUGCUAAACUGCAGUCCUGCAGAGGCGCGGAUUUGCUGACCAAGACCUUGAAAACACGCGGACACUCGCGCGAACUGAGUGAAAUAAGCGUCGGCUCGGACGACACGAAUCUUGAGAUCGAGAGAUUGCUUCGGCGAAUUCGUGAAAUGACCGAGAUUCUCGAAGCUCGCGAGUCCAAGCUCAUCGAAGUUAGCCGUUCGAAUAUGGAGCUGCACGAGCACAAUUCCACUUUGAAAAAACAACUGGACAACGUUGAGAAGCACGCUGAGCACAGCCAAGACAUCACCCAAAUAACCGAUGACUAUACUCAACGCUUGUCGGCUUUAGAGAGGAAGUUUCAGCAAGCAAUCAGAGAACGGGAUGCGCUGCGCAAGAACCUCGAACAAAUGAAACAGGAAGCUGCCUCUAGACUUUCCACGGCUGAAAUAUCGAAUAUUAACGCCGAAAAAGAUGAAAUUAUCAAAGAGUUACGUGAGGAAGGUGAAAAGCUCAGCAAGCAACAAUUACAACUGAGUAACAUUAUUAAAAAACUGAGGGCCAAAGAAAAAGAAAACGAUGCACUGAUAAAAAAUCAAAAAGAACAGAUAGAAGAACAAUCGAUUGAAUUGGAAAGAUUGAAGCGUUCGUUACAUGCAAAAGAGGAAGUUGAACGAAAUCAAAUUGAAGCUGUACAUACUCUUACCAACAAGAGUAAGAAGCAAGAAAGAGAAAUUUUGAGUCUCAGUGAACAGCUCGAUCACGUUACAAAUAAAAUGGAAGCAUACAAGAAAAGUUUUGAUGCUGCCAAAGCAGAAUUGAUCGAGGCAAAGGAAAAGUUGUCUAAUGUCAAAGAAGAAUUGAAACUAGCAACAGAAAAUGCCGGCGAGUCGCAUCAAUUAUUGUCUCAGGUUGACGAUUUAAAGUUAAAGCUCAGAAUAUUGGAGGAAGCUCACGCCGGUAAGGAGAAAUUAUUAAAACAGGAGAAUAUUGAUCUGUUGAAACGUUUAGAAUCGGCGGAAUCUCGCAAUGAAGAUAUGUCUGAAUCUGUGUCACAAGCUACAAUACCUUUGCUUCGUCAAAUAGAACAGUUGCAGUCUAACUUGUCGUACAAGUCAAACACAUUUAUGAAACAAGAAGAAGUUAUGAUUGAAAAACUAGCCGAUCUACAGUCCAAAUUGGAGGCGGUCACUGAGAUGAACCGAUCGCUCGGCGAAGAGAACGCCAAUUAUAAAUCUCGAUGUUCUGUUCUCGAAUUAAAGGUUAAUUCUAAAGACGCUGAUAAGAAAAAUUUUGAAGAACUAUUGGAAACAUUAAAAAAAAAUAAUAGAAAACUUGCUGAUGAAACAGAAGUGCACAAGCAUGCAAUGAAAAUGUUAGAAGAGGCGCAUGCAACAGAAAUUAAGGAAUUAAAGCGAGAAAUCACCUCUUUAGAGAAUAAAUUAUCUAUGGAGAAGGCAGCAACUGAAGCUGAGAAGCGGAAAAAUCACGCAGUAUUUGAGCAACAACUUCAGAGUCUUGACGACGAACAGCAGCGAUAUAGUCCGAGUUUCGAUAUGGAAAGAGAAUCCGUUAGCAGUUCAAAUAGUAAUUGGCUACCUUUUAAUGAGACCAUGUUUGAAAGUAGCUCUGGCAGAUUUCCAAAUGUUUACGAGAGCUUUAGAUCUGGAACCAAUAGCACGUCAAUGAUUGAAAAUCUGCAAUCUCAGUUAAAACAACGCGAAGGUGAAGUGCAACAACUGCAGUGGGAGAUCUCCCGUCGUAAUACAGAAAGAGACGCUCUCAAUACCGAAGUUUCAUUGUUAGCUUCAAAAGUUGAAGAUUUGAAUUUAAAUUUAACGGAGCUGGAGACAAUUAAAGCUAAUCUAAAUGAUAUUCAAACAAAGUACGAUGCAUUAUUACAGAUGUAUGGUGAGAAAGUUGAAGAAAAUCAAGAGCUUCAACUUGAUCUUUUAGAUGUGAAAGAAAUGUAUAAGACACAAAUAGAUCAACUUUUGCAGAGAGAUCAUUGAAUAGAUGGUUGUUUAAAAAAUCUAGUUAAUAAAAUGAUCAAAUGUGCAUUGGUAUUAGUCUGGGUAUCUUCGGUAAAUAAAUAUACGUAAAAGUCAUCCAGAUAUUUUAGAGCACAUGAAAGGGCUUGAUGUGACUUGCCUAUAGAAACAUUUGUUAAUUUAUCGUCAAUGUGGUUCCAUGUAUUAUUUUUGUUAAAACAAUUGUUGGUGUUAUUUUCUGACAUUAUAAUUCUUUAUUAUAUACUGUUUAAUAACUUACUGGCAGAUAAUGGAUAUACGUUUGAAAUAGUUCAUGUUAGUUUUUCAAUUCUUAUAGUAAUCUGCUAUGUUACAAAUUGAUGAAAAUGGUUUUGCCAUUAUAAUACGUUUGUUUGAAAUACAUUGUAUAAAAUUUUUCAAGCGUGGAAAAUCAUGGGAUAUUGCUUGAAAAACAUUUCGUUUCAGACGUGCAAUUUAAUAUUUUUUUUUUAGUAAUUUAUGCACUGUGCAAGCUCAUUAAAAUACAUGCAAUUUAAUAAUUUGAUUAACGAAAAAGGUGCGCCGCAAUUUUUCUAUUGAUCUUAAAUGUAUAAAUAGAGCUGUGAGUCCAUCAUAAUGUGAUAAUGGGAUGUAUUAUAAAAAAUAACUUGUGUAAUUGUUGUAAAAAAUUUCUUUUGUAUAGCGAUGGGCAAUUACCGUUAAGUUUCUAAUUCUAAGGUUAACAUCGUAAAGUAGUUUAUUGUUAAAAAUUUU